UCCUCAAAUCAGGUAAUGAAAACGAACCGCCGCUGACAUGACACACAUUUUGAAUGAGGACUAGCAGGUAAGCAGCCCAUUCCUCGACCAUACAUAGUGCGUUUGUUGUCAUAACAGUCCGAACGCGUGGCACCUUAUAGUCAGCUUUAUAACCGGACAUCAGGAUGGUGAGCAGUCAGGUAAAGGCCACAGGGCGCGAUAAGCCACCUAAACACACCGAACAGCGCGACCAUUCGUGCAACGGGUCACCGCUGCCAGCAGAAACUCCUUCAAAUGCAAAAGGACCGAAUUCACCGGUACCGAGCCAGAAAACAUCAGGGGGCAAUAAAGCCAAGAACCGCUGUCAAACAGGUCCAAAAAAACACAAGUCUACUUCUGAAAAGAAGUACCUCGGAGUCCGAGUGAGAAUGCCAGUACGGGACAUGCUCAGAAAUAUACGGAUAGCCAAGGGUAUUGACCCUAAAGAUCUGCAGCACUGUCUUUGGUCCAAAGGGGAUAAGAAACGAGUUACCACAGGUGGAAACCAGAGACGUUUUCUGAAGAAACAUCAAACAAAAAGUCUUGAGGAGCUUGCAAUUAUAGUAGAAGUGCUGGAGGAGGAUCUCAAGACCUGUCAAUCAAACAGAUCACCAAACAAAAGCCCUUCAACUUCAUACUCUUCUGAGUUCUGGGUUGAAGAUGCAUCUCCACAAGGUUUCAUGAACACAUAUGGCCAGGAGAAUGAGAUACCUUUGUCUCCAAGCUACUCGGUACCCUCCUCAACCUCCCCUGUCCAUUCUGUGUCCAGCUCCUAUCCAUCCCCAACUUACAGCCAGGGUGCCGAUGUCUUCUUGGGGAAUCAGGAAUACUAUAGCAGUUAUGAGUCAGAUAAGUACAGGUGUGAUGAUCUAUAUGGAAUGAGCUGCUCUCCUGCCAACUCAUGCGAAUACCAGGUGCCCUCUCCACAAGAGUCAUUCAACGCCAGUCCCAACCCAGAAGUCUUGGAGGUUUCUUCUAAAAAGAUGAACUAUCCACCAUGGCCACAUUCUCACCAGGAGGAGUGGAGCGGUAUGACCUUCUUCUGGACUCAACUGGAAAGAGAGGAGAAUCUGCUGAAAGAGAUAUCGGACCAAGAGCUUCUUGCUGUAGACGAAAACGGAAGGAUUCUUUUACACAGAGUUGUUGAGGAGGGAAAGAGAUCCCUUGUGUACGUUAUUGCCAGAAGGAUGGCAGCUCUGAAGAAACUGGAUAUCAAAGAUUCAGAGGGAAAGGUGACAGACAAACAAUCAUACAUGCAUAUUCAGUCACUUGACAAACACAUAAAUGUUGCAUGGGCCUGUUUUUCUUCCCAGACUCCCCUUCAUCUUGCUGCACAGAAGAAUCAACACUUCAUGGUGGCUGAUUUGGUGUCACUUGGUGCAAAUAUCAAUGUGAAGGACCGAUAUGGGAAAACAUGUCUUCAUCUCAGUGCAGAGAAUGGAUAUAUUCGAGUCUUGGAGGUCCUGAAAGGUUUGAUGAGAAAUGGCAUAUAUAUUAAUUUGGAGGAAAGCGAUGCGAACGGGCUCAGUGCUCUGCAGUGUGCGGCAGUAUCUCUUAAGCAUACGGUGCGUGAGCUGGAGAUGUGCGAGUCUGCAGGACAGGUCAGACUGCACACCCUUCGCAAGGAGCAGAUGAUGGAAACGCUAGAGUGCCUCCUUCAAAUGGAGUGCUAUUUACACGCUCUGGCCAGAAACAACGUGAUUUAGGAACAGUUUGGCUACAUGUGCGGCUGCUUCUAGCAAGAGUUGUUUUCUCUGUCAAGCCAGGCAGUGCUGUUAACUGACGGUAAACGUUUUUGAGUGAAUACAAGCUUUUACCUGCCAUUGAAGACAAAAUGUACAUAUACGUAUAUACGAAAAGGAGGAUGAGGAUAGUCUUCAAGUCAUGGUAAAGCUAUGUAUUAUGCAACCGUAUAUUUUGUUCAGUGUUCAGGUGAAAAGUGAGGAGCAAAAACACAAUGGUUGCCCAUUAGCUGGUUUCUGUGAAACUUCCACUGUUAGUUACAUUUGAGUAGCAAAAUGU